AUGAACUUUCUGAUUCUGGUACUACUUUUGGUGUUAGUGCUUGGACUCCUACAGCUAGGACGGACAUGGUGGCGUUUGCGUGAUAUUCCCGGUCCCUUCUUUGCGCGUGUUACGAAUCUACAGCGCAUCCUAUGGGUUAAGUCAAAGCGUGCGCACUUGUAUCUGCAAGCAGAACAUGCGAAGCAUGGCGACGUUGUACGUAUCGGGCCAAACAUGGUUUCUAUCAGCAACCCCGAAGUUCUUCCAAUGAUAUAUACUACACGCACCGGAUUCCCAAAGUCAGAUUUUUACCCAACUCUACAGGGAUACACACCUCAUGGUGGUAAACUUGAAGCUAUAUUUAAUACCACUAGUGACGAGAUUCAUAAAUCACUCAAACAGCCCAUUGCAUCUCUAUUCACUUUGGCCAAUGUGCCUUAUUUAGAGCCUCGUGUCGACGAAGUCCUUGAAUGUUUGCGGGAAAAGCUUGAUGCUAAGUUUGUACACAAUGACGUUGUCGUCAAUCUUGGCCAAUGGGUAAAGUAUUUUGCUUUCGAUACCAUGGGCACAAUGACCUUCUCGAAACGAUAUGGCUUUCUAGACGCUGGCAAGGAUGUUGGCAAGAUAUUGCAAAAUAUAGUCGAAUUCAUGCGAAUUUCAGCACCGUACACUCAGAUUCCAUGGUUUGAUCGGCUCUCGCGUAAGAACCGUAUCGGAGAUUUUUUGCAGCGAAAGCUCGGGCUCCAGGCUUCCAUGAGCAUAAUCACCUUUGUCUCGAAGGCAAUUGCGGAGAAGAAACAAGAACUAGCACAAUCCGUGAAAAAGACCUCGGACGAAGACAACAACGUCCGCGGCAAAGACUUUCUUACGCGCUAUAUUGAGAUCGUGGAGAAGGAUCCUUCGGUACCACCAUGGGCCCCUGUUGCCUGGACAUUUUCAAACGUUAUUGCUGGCUCUGACUCAGUAGCGAGUCUCAUGAUCACAACCCUGUUUCAUCUCAUGUCAUACCCUCAGACGAUGAAAAAGCUGUACCAUGAGCUUCUAACGGCAGGGCUAUCCAGACCGCUCCCUAAAUGGAGCGAAGUAAGAACACUACCGUAUUUGGAUGCGUGCGUGUUAGAAGGCGUGCGUAUACACCCUCCUUUCUGCCUGCCGUUCGAGCGCGUCGUGCCAAAGGGAGGUAUCACUAUCCGUGAUCAUUUUCUACCAGAAGGCACGAUCGUAGGUGGAAGCCCAUACGUAGUCAACCGGAACAAAGAGUGGUUUGGUGAAGACGCUGAGUUCUGGCGACCAGAGCGGUGGACAGAAAAUGACGAGGCACACAAAAAGAAGUUGGAGCAAGGAAUUCUUACAUUUGGUUCAGGACGUCGUGUCUGUUUAGGUCGUUAUGUCGGCCUUCUUGAAAUCAAGAAGCUCAUUGCGUUUCUGGUCCUCAACUACGAUCUUCGUGUGGUAGAUCAGGAGCGGUAUCAAGUAGAAAACUCAUGGUUUUUCUUCCAGACAGGGUUGUAUGCCACAUUGAAGAAAAGGCCUUAG